AUGAGAUUUAGUUUUAAGCGUACAAAGUUAUUGUAUGCUAUUGUUGCAUCAAUUAUUUUAUUAUUCUUUAUUUCAAGUUUUAUUUCUUUUGGAUCAAGAGUUAAAAUUUCAAAUGCAGUUGAUCCGACUUUGAAUAAACCUGAUUUAUCUCAACAAGUUGCUUCUGUUCCAAUUGAUGAAAGUGUCGAUGCUUCUUCUUUAAAUGAGUUGAAGUCUAAUAAUAAACUCUCUUCGAUUUCCUCUUCUUCUGAAGGUUUCCAAGGUGACAGCACUGCUGGAUUAAAAAUUACUUCAAAUAUAUUAAAUAAUGAAAUUGUUCCUGUUGGUAAGUGUGGGAAAGAACACCAGUUUGUUAUUAUGAUCGAUGCUGGAUCUUCCGGUUCUCGUAUUCAUAUUUAUGAAUUCGAUAUUUGUUCUCAACCUCCAGUUUUAAUCAAAGAAGUAUUUGAAGCUUUAAAACCAGGCCUAUCGUCAUUUGACGCUGACACAGAAGGUGCUGCCAUGUCUUUGGACCCAUUGUUGGGUAAAGCACUGGCUGUUAUACCUGAUGCAGCUAAAAAAUGUACGCCAGUGUCAGUAAAGGCUACUGCCGGGUUAAGAUUACUAGGUGAAGAAAAAUCACAAAAUAUAUUAGAUGCAAUAAGAUUACGUUUAACUGAAAAAUAUCCAUUUCCAAUAGUUCAAAAUAACGGUAUAUCAAUUAUGGGUGGUGAUGAAGAAGGAGUAUUUGCCUGGAUCACCACAAAUUAUCUUUUAGGUAAUAUUGGUAACGGAGAGGUAAGAAAUCCAACAAGUGCCAUAUUUGAUUUAGGAGGUGGGUCAACCCAAAUUGUAUUUGAACCAGAUUUAAAUAUCAAUGAAGAGAUGGUUGAAGGGGAACAUAAAUAUGAAUUGACGUUUGGCGGAGAGAAAUAUGUAUUGUAUCAAUUUUCACAUCUUGGAUAUGGAUUAAACCAAAUUAGAGAACAGAUUAAUAAGUUGAUUGUUGAAAGAGCGAUUUCCAAGGACAUUGGCAUUGAUAAAGAAAAAAAAUUAAAUUUAAUGUCACCUUGUCUAGCGCCAGGUUCUGAACUAUUAGAUGUCAAAGUUCAAAUAUCAACAGGAGAUGUGUUUUUAGUCGACUUUCAUAGUACAGAAAUUCCAUCAGCACCACAAUGCAGACGAUUAGCAGAAGAUAUUCUUAAGAAAAAACUAAACUGUGAGAUCAAACCAUGUUCAUUUAAUGGAGUGCACCAACCAUCAUUAGUUCAUACAUUUAAAGAGACUAACGAUAUGCAUAUUUUCUCAUUUUUUUAUGAUAGAACCCAAUCAUUAGGCUUUUCAGAAACAUUUACCUUACAAGAAUUGAAAGAUCUAUCUAGAAAUAUAUGUCAAGGUAAGACAGCUUGGGAAGCAAUGUACCAAAAUAGCCCUGGUGUUAUUGAAGAGUUAAAUUCAGACCCAUAUUAUUGUUUGGACUUAUCAUACCAAGUUACAUUGUUACAAACAGGAUAUGAUAUACCAUUAUUAAGAACUUUAAAAACUGCACAAAAAAUAUCUGAUAAAGAAAUUGGCUGGUGCUUAGGAGCAUCACUACCAUUAAUUGAAUCAAACACUUGGCAAUGUAGAAUCGAUCAAACAAUAUAA